AUGGCAGCGAACGAAAGUGAAGCCCAGCCAAUGUUUCAGGAGAUCCAUGGCCAACUCCAGUAAGUAUUGUAAAAUUUAAUAUUUAUUUUUUUUUGUUUAAUAUAGCUAAAAUUUAUUAUUGUAGGCAGCUACAUGAUAUGUGUGCUCGUUUAGAACGACAAGUUAGUAAAGAACCGCCAGAAAGGAGGAGACAGUUGAAGAUCAAAGUAGAUCAGCUUAAGUAUGACAACCGAGCGUUAGAAUCUUCUUUUAAUGCUAUUCAGAUGAGGUUAGCAAACAAAUGGAGGCAUGCGCAUGAAAGGAACGAACUGUUAACUCAAAGGUAUGUCAUUAACGUUAUUUAAGUGUUUAGACCAAGACUAAGACAUAGAAUUGUGUAAGACCUUUAUUAAUGUCUACAUCUUUAGGUUUCGGCCCAAUGAAACAGCUUUGAACUUUGAAGAUCAGGAAUUGCUACUGAACGAUAGAAUGCAAGGAGCUCAUCGUGGUGUGGAUGACUUGAUUAGUAAUGCCGAAGGUGUUCUGGCUUCUCUCAAAAAUCAGCAUUUUAAUUUAAAACGUGUGAGAGGUGCAGUGCAUUCUAUUGGACAAACUUUGGGCCUUUCUAACACGACACUUGGACUGAUUGAACGAAGAGUGUCAGAAGACAUGACUAUAUUUAUCAUCGGAUGUAUAUGUGUGUUGGUCUUCAUGUACGCGUUCUAUUCCUACUGGAUGGGUUGA